CUGCACCCUCUCCCCUCCCGGCUGGCCAAACAAAUCAAAGGCAAAACUACAACCAUGGCCAACGACCGGCUAGCCGGAGAAAUCGAAGAAACCACCUCCACCACCGACGAAGAUGCCAACGAUUCAUCUCCACUAUUACCGGACCCAACCCCUAAAGCUCGGUCUGUGAGGACCAAGGUGCCCGAGAUCGAGGUCCACCUCUACCGACGUGGCAAAGGCCCCAUCGACGUCUUCAAAACGAGCCUCGGUGGGUGGGACCAAGACCAAUUGGAGGUUCGAGAUAUUCUCGACAAGUACGGCUUCAAAUCCAUCUAUGCAUUCAAUGCUCAGUCGGUUCGUGGGCUUUCCAUUCGGUUUAAUCCCAGAAAUGGCCGAUCUUUGCUUCCUUACAAGGAUGGAUCGGUGAUUUACAUUGAUGGAGAACCCAAGGACUCAUUAAUCAAGCCUAUUACCAAGAUCCUGUUAGGCGUUGCAGUAACCACACUUUUGAUAGUAUUGGUUAUGAAGGAAACUCCACAAUGGGUGAAAAAAAUGAACUUCACAGGUGGCCAAUUCCCUCCAUGGAUAUUAGCUUGUGUGGUUAUCGUUUUCACUCGCUUGAGGAAGAGAACUAGGGACUUUCUAACAAAACGUGGUUGAUAUAUAGAUGCAGGCAUGCUUGGCACUGGCUCGUGAAUUUUCUCAAAAUUUUGCAAGUUUUUUUCUGAGUUUCAGUUCUUGAUCCGGGGAUUGUAACUUAUAGAUUGACUUAUGAAGUUAAAUGGUUUAUGUAUAAGGAAUUUUCAUUAUUAUGUGGUGAAAAUUUUCCGGAUUCAGUUAUUAUGAAUGGUUCCAGGAGCAUGUACAAGUACCUUUAUUGGUCUGGUUAUUAUAUUGAUAUAUGU